AUGAGCGAGCUCCGGAUCGCGGCGAUCAUCGCGCAGGAGACGGCCCUCGAGGCGUACCGCGACGCGGCGAGACGCCCGGGCUACGGCGUCGUGUCGGCGACCAUGAGCUACUGGCACGGCGUCGACUUCUCGAAGGUGGCGAAGACGGAGCGGGACGCGACGCUGCGCGCGGCUACGCACUGGGAGACGGACCGGCGUGGCUCGCCCGGCCCCCGCGCGCACGUCGACCGGGAAGCCCACGGGCGGCUUUGCGGUGUGCUCCGCGCGGUGCUCGCCGAAGAGCUCGGCCCGCCGCCGGGGACCCGCGUCGCGGUCCUCUGGGACGACGACGUCGUCUACGAGGGCGUGGUCGACGACAUCCUCGGCCGCGCGCGCGCGCGAAUCCGCUUCGACAACGGCGACUCCUGGGACGCGACGUUCCCCGACGCGACGGUGACCGUCAUCUCGCCGGCGUCCCGCGACGCCGCCGCGAGCGCCGCGACGCCCGCCGCCGCGGCCCUGGCCCUCGGCCGCCCGGACUUCGGGGCCGUCCUCGCGCGCGAGGGCGGCGAGGCCGCCGCGAAGUCCGCGGCGAGGAAGCGGAAGCGGGUCGCGUCGGCGCCCGACGCGCCGCCGCGCGCGGGGACCUACAAGGAGCGCGCGAUCGCGCGCGUCCACGAGCUCGUGCCGGCGACGCCCGUCGCGCUGCUGCCGCCGCGGAGCGCCGGCGAAAAGGAGACGAAGCCGGCGGCGCCGGGCUGGCUGUCGGGCUUGUACGCGAGGGCGGCCGAGAAGGAGGAGCGCGUGCUCCAGGCGUCGGCGACGACGACGCCCGAGCCGCCGGCGAAGCGGAGCCGCACGAGCAAGACGUCCCAGGGCCUGCGCGGCGCGGCCGCGCCGCCCGCGCGCGGCGGCCGCGGCGGCGGCGCGGCGACGCCGACGGCGGAGGUCGACGACGACGACGGCGGCGACCGGCCGACGGCGGCCAAGGCGUCGGCGACGAAGCGCUUCAAGCCAUGCAACUGCCGCAACUCGCGGUGCCUCAAGCUCUACUGCGACUGCUUCGCCGCGGGCCGCUUCUGCGAGGAGUCGUGCAAGUGCGUCGACUGCCACAACGACCAGGCGCACGCGCGCGACCGCGACGACGCGAUCAAGGCGACGCUCGAGAAGAACCCCAAGGCGUUCCGCGCCAAGGUCGACGCCGAGGCGACGACGCACCAGAACGGCUGCCACUGCAAGAAGACCAAGUGCCUCAAGAAGUACUGCGAGUGCUUCGAGGCGGGCAUCACGUGCGGCGCCAAGUGCAAGUGCGCGGACUGCGAGAACUACCCGGGCUCGCUCCAGCUCGCGGCGCGCCGCGGCUUGUACGCGAGGGCGGCCGAGAAGGAGGAGCGCGUCGCCGCGCGCGAGGCCGCGCGCGAGGCCGCGCGCGAGGCCGCGAAGAAGGAGCCGGCGGAGGCGAAGCUCAACGAGCUGGAGCUGGCCGCGCGCGAGGCCGCGAAGAAGGAGCCGGCGGAGGCGAAGCCCAACGAGCUGGAGCUGAGUCGGGUGCUGCCGCGCGAGCACGCGAUCGCCGAGGCGCGUCUCUCCGAGCGCCGCGGCGUCCUCGCCGCCUCGGAGCUCGGCGAAGCGGCGACCCUCGCCCGCAACUUCGUGCAGAACGACGCGCUCCAGGCCGCGCCCACGGGCGAGGCCUUCUUCGACCGCAGCGAAACCGCAGCGAUGCCCGUCGCCGUGAGGAAGAAGCCGAAGGCGCCAGCCGCCGAGGAGGCGUCGGAGCCGCCCGCCGAAACGCACACGCCGGCGGAAGAAGCGGAAAAGCUGCCCGUCGUCGAGCAAGACGUGGACAAGAGCUCCGGCUCCGAGGAUGGCGACGAAGGCCAGGACACCUUCGCCGCGCCGCCGACCUACGAGGGCCCGGCGCGCCAGCGCCAAAAGUCGUGGGCGAAGAUCCGCGCCGGCGGCGAGCUGCACGGGCGGCUCCGCGUCGUGUCCAUGCUCUCGAGCAAGAUGGACAGGAUGCGCGACGCGAAGCGGCGCUUCGAGAAGCUCAAGCUCGAGCGCGGCGCCAUCGAGGCCCAGGACCGGAGCGAGCGCUUCCUCGCGACCUACAGCAGCCCGCAGCACUCGUCGAGCCGCCUCCACGACUACGAGGCCGCCCCGGCGGCCGCGCCGACGACGCCGGGCCGGAACCUCUACGCGCGGUCGCCGCGCCCGGUGCCCGAGGCCCGCGUGCCCGAGGCGCCGGUCCCCGGAGCCCUCUUCGCGCGGCCGCCGGCGCCCGCGCCCGACGCGUCCGAGCGCCUCCUGUCCGCGGCGUUCGACGACCUCGCCGCCGCGGACGCGGCGGCCGCGCCCGCGGCGGCGCCGGCGCUCGACGCGGCGGCCGCGGCGGACUGGCUGUCGCUCAUGCCCCCCGACGACCUGCUGGACGGGCUGGACGUGCCGGGUCUGGGCGACCCCGUGGACCUGUCGCGGAUCGUGCUGGACCUCCGCGACAGGGUCGAGAAGGACGAGAUCGAGGACGUCGUCGGCCAGUUCCACGCGGAGCGGCCCGACGAGGAGAUCACGGCGAUGACGCUGAGCGACCGCGACAUCGCGGACCGCGCCGACGCCGUCGCCGCGGCGCGCGCGGCGGCGGCAGAGAAGGCCGCGGCGGACUACGCGUCGCGCGAGCUCGACCUCGCGUGGCGCGAGCAGAACGCGCGCGCGCGCGUCGAGGCGCUCCGCGGCGAGGCGCUGGGCGCCGCGGCGCGCGAGCGCGCGGCCGCGGCGGCCGCGGGCGAGUCGCGCGAGAAGGAGCUGCAGCGGUCCUUCAGCCGCGCGGGCGAGGCGCUCAACGCGGUCGUCGAGAAGCAGCGGGGCACGAUCCGCGAGCGCUACGGCUACGUCGAGCCCGGCGGCAAGGUCGGCGGGCGGCGCUACGCGGUCAACUGGGACCUCAUCCCGCGGCCCAUCGAGAUCCGCGUCCACGGGCUGCGCGCGGUCAAGGACAAGCUGCCGAAAGGGACGUACGUCAUCAUGGUGUCCAUGCAGGACCGCCUCGCGGGCCGGCCCCUGCGCUGGACGAAGACCCACUCCUACGGCGGCGGCGGCUUCGGGCCCAAGCCCGCGGCGACGCGGCCCUUCCGGCACAAGGGCCGCUACCACGACGUGGACCUCAAGGUGAACCAGUCGAUCUUCGCGCUCUGCCCGUCCAUGGGCGAGCUCCGGCCCGCGAACUGCCUCGUCUUCGAGCUGUUCCGGCUGGCGGACAAGCGGAACCCGCGCGACGCCGUCGUCGGGUGGUCCGCGCUGCCGCUCUGCGACCCCCACUUCGCGGUGAUCAAGGGCAAGUUCAAGGUGCCCGUGCUCCGGGGCGAGGUGAAGCCCCACUUCGACCGCUUCUCCAUGAUCCAGGACGCCUACGUCAACGACCUGAGCGCCUGGCUCGGGAACAUGUACGACGAGUACCACGUCGAGUACGACUUCAUCAACAAGCUGCUGCAGCUCGGCGACACGGCGCGCGGCGCGCGCGGCGGCCUGCGCAAGGGCCACGGCUCCACGAGCGAGAGCGCGCGCGAAGGCAAGGACGGCGACACGCGCUGGCCCUGGCAGAAGAAGCGCGACGCGGCCAAGGUCGCGCCCGGCGACUCCGGCGACGAGCCCGCCGCGGCCCGGAGGCCGAAGCGCCGGGCCAAGCCCUGGUGGGCGCGGCGCCAGACCAUCUUCGACCGGCGCGGGUCGACGCAGCGGAAGCGGAGCGUCGACAAGGGCGACGCGAAAACGCCCCUCCUCGCGCCGGGCCAGCUCACGCUGCCGGAGUCGCGGAAGGACCUCGAGCUCGAGGACAUGCACACGGGCCAGCAGUCCGAGUCGAGCGGCGACGAGCUCUUCUUCGAGGACCGGGACCGGUCCAAGGUCACGGGCACCGAGGCCGUCCAGGCGCUGAGCUCCGAGGAGGACGAGCCCCACUUCCGGGGCAAGUUCGGCGACGGCGCGCGCUACGACCCCGCGGGCCUGGGCCUCCACGGCACGGACCGGGCGGCCCAGGACGUCGACGACGACGACGAGGCCUGGUGGACGGAUUUACGGGUCGCCGGCGCGCGGGACCACUUCUACUUCAGCGUCGCCGAGGAGCCCGGCCGGCGGCGGCCGCCGACGGCGACGGCGAUCGUCAUCACCAAGUUCAAGUUCGUCUGGCAGGAGCUCUUCAUGGACCUGAGCUCCGACGUCCGCGCCGCGGACUACGCGGCGACGCACAAUUUGCGGUGGCAGUGGGCGCGCUGCAGCCGCAUCUUCCUCACGGGCAACGCGGACUCGUGGCUCGUCAUGGUGCUCUGCGCCAUGGCGCUCUGGAUGCGCGUCUACGUCCACUACACGGGCCAGUGGCUGUUGCUGUCGGCGCAGAAGGUGGCGAUCUACGGCUUCCGGGCGCAGCUCUGGGGCUUCGAGUUCAAGUACAUGCCCGACGGCCUGAAGACCAUGGAGGAGGUCGGCGUCGUCGGCAUGGGCGGCAUCUCCGUGCUGCUCGCGUUUCUGGGGUUGGUGGGCGUCUGCCGCCUCUACCAGAGCACGGGGUCCGCGCUGCCGGACCCCGUGUCCCAGUACGUCGCGGCGUUCGGUCUGGGGACGCUCCUCGACCCGCUGCUCGUGCUCGCCGUCGACAUCCUGGCGUCGAACUACGCCUGCGACACGCGGCCGGGCUGCCGCAAGGAUUAUACCAAAAAUUCCUGCGACUGCUUCGAGGGCGACGCGUUCAAGCUCUGGCGCCGCAUGGUCGACGAGGAGAACGGCGGCAUCAUCGGCAUCUUCUACGUCGUCAUCAUCUACGCGAUCCACGUGUCCCUGAGCCUCGCGGUCUGCUACUACUACCUCGUCUUCGUCCACAUGAACGGCCGCGUCAUCGACACGUACUCGCGCAUCAACGGCGACAGCGAGACGUUCUUCGUGCCCCACGACUUCGAGCUGAGCGUCGAGGAGCUCAACCACGUCAUCGCCAAGGCCAAGAAGUGGAUCGGCCCCGCGGACCAGCGGCGCCACGUCGCCAUCGCGACCUACGAUCUGAAGGACCCGCUCCUGCCCCACUUCAAGGACACGUCGACGCACGUGACCAUCUACGAGCACGCGCUCGACGGCGCGCAGAAGGUCUACCGCCACUUCCUCCGGAGCCCGGACGGCUGCAUCACGGAGAUCUUCGGGUCCAACGACGCGACGCAGAUCUUCGGCACGGCGCGGCCCGUGGACCACGGCGACGGCGACGACGACGCCGGCGGCAAGGGCAAGGGCGGCGCCGCGACCGACGACCCCGCCGCGCUCCCGCAGCUCAACGGCUACUUCGCGGGCGUCCGCCCCAUCUAA